ACCCACUACACUAUUACAAAGUCUCCACACCAGUACUAUCUGGUUUGUGGGAAUUAACUGUGUUUAAGCUUUCUCAACAUAUAUUCCUCAAAGCACACACAAAAAAAUUCCACCCAUGUUAGACAACAGUGCCUCUUGUGAUGCACCACCAUCUUCUUCUGAUUCCCCCUUUGCAUUAUCAGAAAAUGAAAAUGGAGCAGCUAACAAAAGAAAAAGAAGACCAGCAGGCACACCUGAUCCAGGUGCUGAGGUUGUGUCUCUCUCACCCAAGACCUUACUGGAAUCUGACAGGUAUGUGUGUGAGAUCUGCAACCAAGGUUUUCAGAGAGACCAGAACCUUCAAAUGCAUAGGAGAAGGCAUAAGGUACCAUGGAAAUUGCUGAAAAGGGAAACACAAGGGCAGAAGAGGAGGGUGUUUGUUUGCCCAGAGUCAAGCUGUUUGCACCAUGAUCCAUGUCAUGCCCUUGGUGACCUUGUUGGAAUCAAGAAGCACUUCAGAAGGAAGCAUAGCAAUCAUAAGCAGUGGGUUUGUGACAAGUGCUCAAAAGGGUAUGCAGUUCAAUCUGAUUACAAAGCACACAUCAAAACCUGUGGCACCAGAGGCCAUUCGUGUGACUGUGGCCGUGUCUUUUCCAGGUUUCUGGUUGAGAGUUUCAUAGAACAUCAAGAUGCCUGCACUGUCCGGCAAUACAGGCCAGAGUUACAAGCACUUCAACCUGCUUGCUCUUCUCGAACAGCUUCAAGCACAAGUCCAUCUAGUGAGGCAAAUUUUAGCAUAACCCCAUUGCAAGGACUACCACUGCUAAAACCAGUUGAUCAGAUACACAAUAAGCUCAGCACCACGAAUAACCAGCAUAACUUAGAACUUCAGCUCUUACCUUCUUCAAUAAAUUCUCAAGAAAAAAGAAACUCAAAGGAAAACUUUGAAACCCACUUGAAACUUUCAAUAGGUUCAUGUAGUAAUGACAAAGCAAGUGAAUCAGAGAGACCAGGGUCAGAAACAAAUAGGAGCCCACCAGCUGCAGAAAUGCAUGUGAAUGAUUCCACAUUGGAAGUAGCGAGUUUGAAAGAGUUUGCUGGUGAAGAACUCAAGUUGGCCAUGGCAGAAAAUGCUUAUGCAGAAGAGGCUAGACGAGAAGCUAAACGUCAAAUUGAGAUAGCUGAACUUGAGUUUGAGAAUGCCAAAAGGAUAAGGAAACAAGCACAAAGUGAGCUUGGAAAAGCUGAAGCUUUGAGAAAGCAAGCCAUUAAGAAGAUAAGCUCCACCGUUAUGGAAAUAACGUGCCAAUCUUGCAAGCAACAGUUCCAAUCUUCAACUGCUGGGGUUCCAUCAGAAGAGACAUCCAUUGUAAUGAGUUAUAUGUCCUCAGCCACCACAGAAGGGGAAGCAGAAUGACAUAUACAGUAACCAAAAUCUGCCUAAGGGAAAGACAAUAUUGCUGGAAACGUUAACCACAAGAAGUUCUUUUCUGAUUCUUUUUCCUUCCUUUUUUUUUUUAUUUCUUUUAUUUUUUUUUGGCUC